UACACACGGAUAGUUUUUUUUUUUUUAUUCGUGCUUGUACAAUAUUAUCGAAAUAUUGUUAUCUUGUCGAUUUCGCGGGUUAUUAUAGUUGACGGUAUUAUUCAUGAUAGAAUAAAUAAUUUUUUAAUGUUAUUUUUUUUAUCUGUCUCAGUGUUUUUGUCAUGGUAUUACUUAUCGUGAAGGCUGAACACGUGUAAGUCUAACGUAGAUCGUUUAUUCGUUUAUUUUUUUUUUAUUCGUUAAUUUUUACAUAAUAUUGUUCAGUCCCGCUUCAAGUUUUUCGGAUAUUUUUAAUUGUACGAGUUUAAAACUACUAGACAUCAUGAACAUGUUGAAGGAUAGCAGAGUAAAAGAAUAUAUGUCAUCAUUAGAGGGAUGGAACCCUGUUCAGUGUAUGCCCUUAUACUGUCAGUGCUUCGAUGAACAUGUAUCGGAAAACGCUCAUUCGGUUACCGCACAUCCUUUCAGUAAUAACAUGGCUGAAUUAGCUGCCACCCAGGGACCAAAAAGCAUAAGAUCGAUUACAAUGUACAUCUCAACAACGUCUUAUUUCAACGGAGACACAAUGAAAUAUUUAGUCAAUGAAAUGUUGCAAAGCAAAGACGUUGCAACAAUCGAGCAAUAUUAUAAUGUUCUUGAUCAAAACUUUAAGAUGCAUCCACCAUGCGCUCAAUAUAUGGAUAAAGAGUAUGAAAAAUUACUACUCCUCUCGUAUAGAAAAUAUUUUGGAGAAAUGAGUUUGUGGGAUUAUAUAAUAGAACUCUUGAAUCAGAUCACAACCGGUGAUAUUUUAUAUGGUGACAAUGAGGCAUAUGAUUUGGCAUUCAAAAGGUGUUUAAGUUUUUGUAUUUGCAUUCUACAAAUUGACUUUGAAGUGUCCAAAAGAAAAAAUGUUAGAUCAUUGGUUGCAAAAUGUCUAAACUAUCAUUCAAGAAAAACACGAAUGAGUGUUAUCACUAAACUUUUGGAUAUGUUAUAUAACACUGGGUAUGAUUUCCUAACGCAAGUGAUCGAUCUUGCAUUACUCGUAAAUCAGUUGAAAUAAGAUUAAAAAUAUAUUUUCUUUUUCUUUUGUAUGUAUUGUUUAUAUUUAUGUUGAUAAGAUUUUUUAUUUGUAUAAAUUAGUAAAAUCAGUUUUCAUUCAUCAUAAACAGUCAUGAGAUUAAAUUUUUAUUUGAUUUAUUACAAUUUAAUGUGUAAUUAACCGUAAUUAAAAAAAAAAAACCAACAA